AUGGCGGGCUGCGUCUGCAAGCAGACCUGGACCAAGACCGAUCUGCCCGAUUCGCCGGGCGAGAGCUGGGGCUACUGUGCGCAACCGGCGCCUGCGUCCACCGUCCCUCACGACGGCACAACCCUGGUCCACACACUCGAGGUUGGCGCUACGGGUGGCUUCUUCACCGAGUGGAUCGAGGUUUACUUGUACCUCGACCACACCUCGCGGGGCGACCUGCAGGUGGAGCUCAAAGCUAAAUAG